AUGGUUGAUGGCAAUCAAAUUAACACGGAUUUUACGUCAACAUACAGCAAAUUGUUUCUGGAGAAAAUGGCGUUACUGAAUCGGACAUUCUUGGAGGUUUUAGAGGAUCACGUGAGGGAAAUACCCGAUGCUGAUUUGGUAAUCUUUUGCUUUGGUGCUUUGGGAGGAACACAGAAAAUUAAGCAGCACAGAGAUGAUUAA